AAGCAUACGCUUCAAGCCCAAUCCAGCCUCAUUUCUGCAGAAGAAGAGGAAUCCCGCCCACUGUACGGAUGCCGCAUUAAAAUUGGCCGCGCUUGCGCGUUGACGUUCCUUUUUUUCUUGGAAUGCCCCUUGUUUAGAUCCCCAUCAUGGCAGAUCCAGAUCUUGAUUUCACCAGCGGAGAUGCCGGGGCUUCUGCCACCUACCCCAUGCAGUGCAGCGCCCUGCGCAAGAACGGAUUCGUGGUGCUAAAGGGUCGCCCCUGCAAAAUUGUUGAAAUGUCCACUUCUAAGACUGGCAAGCAUGGUCAUGCAAAGGUUCACUUGGUUGGAAUUGACAUAUUCACAAAUAAGAAGUAUGAAGAUAUCUGCCCCUCCACCCACAACAUGGAUGUGCCUAACACCAAAAGAAAUGACUACCAGCUGGUUGACAUCAGCGAGGGGUUCCUCUCUCUUAUGAUGGACAAUGGUGACGUGCGUGAGGACCUGCGCGUGCCAGACGGUGACCUGGGCAAAGAAAUCGAAAGCAAAUUUGCAGCUGGUGAAGAGAUGUUGGUUACUGUGCUUUCAGCUAUGGGCGAAGAAUCUGCAGUGGCUGUCAAACCCAUGACCAAAUAGGAAGAGAGACUGGGCUGCUCAGGCUGCAACAUGCUACACUUUAACAAAUCUCUUGCAUUUGUUUUUUUGGUUUUAUUUGUCACCAAAGCUAUGGCCUUCACAAACAACCUCACAUUUUUGUUGUGAUUGUAUUCCUUUUUUCUUCUCCUUCCAAUACUGUGCUGGACUUGUCGGGUCAGUUGGCAUUCUCUCGGGUAAGAAGUUUAUUAUUGUCAGUGUUUACCCCUCGACCUCCCCCAUUCCACUUUUUUUUUUUUUUUUUUUUUUUUUUUUUUUUCUCUUCCCCUCAAGUUUUUACCACUUACAUUCCUGAACGUUAAAUAAUGGGAUCCAUUUUUCCUUUUGUAUUCUUGAAUUUCUUAAUAGUAACUAGUGAGCAGGAUUUAUGCAACGUGUUGCGAAGAGAGGAAGCCCCCAACUGACACUGAACUUAUUUUUUUUUUCCUCUCCCUUUCUGGGUGCCAUACUUUUACUUUUCUCCUUACAUGAUCAAUGCCAUUGCUGGCACUAUGGUUAAUUUCUCUCAAUUGAAUGCCUUUUUUCCCCCCCAAAGUGAGAUGCACACUGGUAGUUGGCACUUCCUUGUUCUUGCAGUACUUUGAGUACGUUCUCAAGUAAAAAUCGCUAUGACCGAGAAAUAAACUCCAGUGAAAUGUCCUCUUAAAUGCCAGUCUCUAAUUGUACAGAAGUGGAAAGGAUGUGAUGGCCAUGUGCGAAUACCUCUGUAACCCAAUAUAGCAGCCAGCUUGAUUUUGGCUGUCAGUGACGACAUUAAAUAAAGUGUUGAAGCCUGUAUUUGUCUCCAGGUAGGCUCUUAUCAGUGCUGCCCCAGAAUGAGCUCAGGCUCUUGUUAAGGACUGAAUCUUUCAUGCGAGUUCUAAUCUUCCUUUGUUCACUCGAGGCCUUUGUCACCUGACUGGAGAGAGCAAAAAAUAAAAACCUAAUAGAUUA